AUGGCCGCCCCCCCAAAGAGCCGCACCGGUCUGUACCUCGGCCUCGGCGCCCUAGGCGCAGGCGCUUACUACUUCUACCGCGCUGGCGGCGAUCCCAAGCUCGCGAAGGAGGAGAUGAAAUAUGAUGUGACCAAAGUCCGCGGCAAAGCACCCACCGGAGGGCCCGGGGGCGAGCGAGCCGGCGAGAAAGCCGGCCUGGAGACGAAUCUGAAUCUUGAUGAGGCUGCCUACAACCCUAAGACCAAAGACGUCGACCUCGCCUCCCAGGCGCAGCAGAAGCUAGAUAACCUUAGCCAGACUGGUAAGGAGCAGGCGGCGAAACUGCGUGAAGAGGCAGAGCAGCAGGCUGGCAAACUGAAGAAUGAAGCUGGGGAUAAGGCGAAUGAGGCGAAGGGUGCAGCUUCGGGGUGGUUUGGGGGGAAGAAAUAA